AUGUUAAGUUGGAAUGUAAGAGGGCUGAAUGGCCCUAAUAAGCAAAAGGAGGUGAAGCUUCUUUGCAGUGAAGAACAUGCUGGUUUAGUUGGAUUGUUAGAAACAAAGAUAAAAAGUAAUAAGAUUGAUCAAGUUGCUGCUAAACUGUUUGGAGGAUGGAGUUAUACUACAAAUUUGGUGGAGCAUUAUAAUGGAAGAAUAUGGAUUAUAUGGAGGCCAUACUACUAUAAAGUGAACACAAUAGACAUGACAGCUCAACAUAUCACAUGUGAGGUAUUCUAUAUUCCAUUACAAUUAUCAUUUGCACUAACGUUUGUGUAUGCAUUUAACACAAGGGAGGAGAGAAGAGGUCUUUGGAGCAACUUAGUGGCAUAUCAAAGAGGUUGUCAUAAGCCAUGGAUGAUCCUAGGUGACUUUAACUCAGUCCUAAGGGAAGAAGACAGAAUUAGGGGCAAUCCUAUAACAUGGGCAGACAUUGUGGACUUUCAUACCUGUAUUGAGGAGUGUGAGUUGAUUGAAUUUCCACAUGCUGGAAGUAAGUAUACAUGGAAUGACAAAGGUAGUAAUCAAAGGAUAUUUUCAAAGUUAGAUUGGAUUUUCACAAAUAAUAGGUGGUUGGAUACUAUGCCUUCUUGUAGAGCCAUAUAUUUACCUGAAGUUAUCAAUGAUCAUUGUCCAGCUAAAAUAACAUGGAUGACAGAGGGGCCAAAAGAGAAGAAACAAUUUCAUUAUUGUAAUGUAUGGGCUCAACAUCCAAAUUUUACUAGAGUGGUUCAGGAAGUGUGGAGUGAAUAUGUUGGAAUAUAUGCGUCCACCUAUGUAGAUGGGACCAGAAACAUUGUCUCGAAGGCAAGUGAUGAUAGAAAGGCAUUAAAAGAAGUACAGGGGAGACUUCAAGCUGAUUCUUCAAAUGUGCAGAUCCAAAGGGAAGAAAAUAUAGUAUACCAGAAGUAUAGGAGAUCCUCUUACAUGGCUGAGAUGUAUUUGCAACAGAAAAGUAAAGCUACAUGGAUCAAAUUAGGUGACGACAACACAAAGUAUUUUCAUUCUGUAAUCAAGCAUAGGAGGCUGCAACAGGGCACUACUCAACUGAAGAAUGAUCAAGGGGCUUGGCAGACCGAUCCUACACAAAUAGCUAACAUAUUUGUUAAGUACUACACUGAGCUUUUGGGUAUGAGAACUGGUAGAAGGAGUAGAGCUUCAAUGAGGAUCAUUCAGAAUGGUCCCUGUUUGACUGUAGAUCAUCAGAUGGAGUUGUUGAGACUAUUUUCUGAGAAAGAAGUCAAGGAAGCAAUGUUCAAGAUAAAUAGCAACAAGAGCCUUGGGUCUGAUGGGUUUGGUAGUGGUUUCUAUAAAGCAGCUUGGCUAAUUAUAGGAGACAAUAUCACAAAAGUUAUUAUGGAUUUUUUUCAGAAUGGGAGGUUAUUGAAAAAACUGAAUGCCACCAUCAUUGCACUAAUACCUAAAGUGGAAAAUCCAGAAUUUGCGAGUCAGUAUAGACCCAUUUCAUGUUAUAUACAAAUGCAUUUAGAAAUUAUUAUGCACUAG